CUCUCCCCUCAAACGGGAAACAAGAUGGCGGCGGCAGGUCCGAGUACUCGGGCCUCUUCCGCGGCGGCAGCAGCAGCUCUGAGUCGGCGGAGCCGGCGGGGCCGCUGUGACGAGAUGGCGGCAGCCAAGACUGGGGCCCCAGGCUCGGCCUCUGGCCCCGCAGUGCUGGUGUUGCAACCGCCGUUGCUGCAGCCGCCGCCACCGCCGCGGCCGGAGGAGUCGGGCUGCGCCGGGUGCCUAGAGACCCCGGGGGAAGCGGCGGCCCUGCCUUGCGGUGUACUAAAUGAGAGUCUUUCUAAAGUAGCUGAGGCAAGCUUACAAAGGACAGAAGUCAACUUUUUGAGGAGCCUACUUUUCUACAACAAAUAUUUAUCAACCUCAAUGGGAUGUAGAGUUAUUAAGUUUAUAUUCAGAACACCAAUCAAAUUAAGCAAGCCUGGGGAGCUUCGUGAGGAAUAUGAAAGUCUGAGAAAGCUGAGAGAAGAAAAGUUACAAGACGAGAAAACCUCUGAAGAUCAAAUCCACAAGCUCUUACCAGAGGAUACAGAAACAGGGAAAAGGAAAAUGGAUGAACAGAAAAAAAGAGAUGAGCCACUAGGACUGAAAACAAAUCUGGAGCGUUGUCCUGCGCGCCUCUCAGAUUCAGAGAAUGAAGAACCUUCCCGAGGCAAGAUGACACAGACACAUCGCUCAGCAUUUGUUUCCAAGAACAACUCCUACUCCUUAGCUUUCCUGGCAGGGAACCUAAAUUCCAAGGUGGAAAGGAGUCAGAGCUGCAGUGACACUGUUCAGGACAGAGCAAAGAGCAGACUCAGAGCAGCCCCAACCAGCAAAGCCAAGGUCACAACGAUAACCCCAACCUCCAACCCCAUCAUUGGUGUCCUCUUGUCCACUCAAAACAACCGCUGCCUCUCAGCCCCUGACUUAACUGUUGAAAAGCGCCUGCCCUUCAGCUCCCUUUCAUCCUUGGCCUCCCUGCAUAAGCCGGAGCGCUCCAUCAGUCCAGAGAGCAAUGACAGCAUCUCCGAAGAACUCAACCAUUUCAAGCCCAUUGUCUGCUCACCAUGUACUCCUCCCAAGAGACUCCCUGAUGGCCGCGUGCUAAGUCCCCUCAUCAUCAAAUCAACGCCCCGCAACCUAAACAGAAGCCUGCAGAAGCAGACUUCUUAUGAGGCCAGUCCUCGGAUCCUCAAAAAGUGGGAACAGAUCUUUCAGGAGCGGCAGAUCAAAAAAACCCUUUCGAAAGCCACUCUCACCUCCCUGGCUCCAGAAACAGGGGAAGACUUAGUGGUCUCUGAAGUUAUCCAUUCUAGCAAAGAGAAGCCACUUCCGGCUUUAAAUACAAGACUGUCCAGUGGGCAUGUACUCUCUGAGUACACUGGACCCACCCCCGCUGACCUUGAUUAUUUCCCCUCUGUUAGCCAAACGAAAGCAGAACAGGGCAGUGAUAGUAAAAGGAGCACUGAGAUCCCACCGGAAACCUGCUGUUCUUCAGAACCCAGAGUGGGAGCCAGUGGAAAAUCUUUGGAGAAAGAGCAGUUUGAAGGGUCAGGGUCAACCCCAGAUGCCAAGUUAGACAAAACCUGUAUAAGCACAGCUAUGAAUAUCUCGACAGUUAAUUCAGUGGUACCCAAAAACAGUGUUUUGAGUGGGGUCCUCAAAACAAAGAAGCAGCUGAAGACAGCAAAUCACUUUGAUCUGCCUAAUGGGGUUCUGGCAGACAGCCUGGGUGAGGAACCGCCGCCUUCCUUGCGUCGGGGCCGGAAAAGACACUGUAAGACCAAGCACUUGGAACAAAAUGGCUCCCUUAAGAAACUGCGACAAAGCGGCGGUGAGGUGGGUCUGGCUCCAGCAGACCCAGCGCUGCGGGAGAUGGAGCAGAAGCUGCAGCAGGAGGAAGAGGACCGGCGGCUGGCCCUGCAGCUGCAGCGCAUGUUUGACAAUGAGAGGCGGACUGUGAGUCGGAGGAAAGGAAGCGUGGAUCAGUACCGCUUACGGUCCAGCAGCAUGGCCGGGGCCAAGUAGCACCCAAUGAAUAGUGUUACCUAUUUUUAAGAUGUCUUUGGGCUUGAUCACUUAUCCUGAAGAGCUGAGUGUUCUCACUUUGGGUUUCUUGUAAUGGCAAAACACUGUCUCAUGUGGCUCUGAGAGAUUCCAGGGCCUUUGUGGCCUGUAUCCAAGGAAACUGCGCCUCUGCCUCCCUGGGACCCAGGCCAGGAGCACUUCCCACCCUCUAAGUGACCCAUGCCCCAGGGCUUCUGGGCCAAACCUGGCAGCACCCACUUGGAACGAGACUCAGGAGCACAAUGGCCAGAGUUAGAAAUGGUAGCGGAAAGAGGGGAUGGAUACCUUCUCAAACUGAUAGGCUUCCUGACUUCUUUCAACAGGGUUUUUUUUUUUAAAUCAGCCUUGCAGAUAAAAAUUAGUUUCAUUUUUUUCAAAGAAGCAGACCAGUGUAGUUCUCUGGCAAAUCCAAAACCAUUUUGUUCCCCUUUUUCCUUACCCUUGCCACAAGUAAAUAUAUCUAAUGAAAUCAGUUGAGUUUAUGCUUCUACAAAAGUUAACUUACAUUCCCUGUUUAAAAAAUAACAUUUGAUUAAUGCAAGUCGACAGACCAUAUUCACAGCCGUUGCUUAAUUUGGUCUUCCCAGAAGACGUAAGAUGUACAUGGGAUUAGCCCUGUUUUUAGAUGAGGAAACUGCAGUGCAGAUGUUUAGAUUUUCUCAAGUGCUGAGUGGCACAGCCCAAACUGACUGCCAGGUCUCCCAGCAACAAAUCCCACAGGUGUUCCACACUGACAGGUUCCCGUAAUGAACUGCAACCCAAGGUGUGCCAGCAGAGCCUCGGGAACACCGACUAGGCGUUGAGAACCCAUUGUGCAGAAUCCACGUGCAAAUAGUUGAGAUGGACUGGAAGUAGAGACAUAUACUGUAUGUUUAUCACCACCCCCACAGUUUACAGCCUCCUGUUUUCCUAGGGAUUUCACCCUGUGAGGUAAAGGACAGUUGGAAGUCAUUAUUAUUCUCCACAUGGCCAAGGGUUAUCUGCAAUGUUGAUCUAAAAUCCAAAAAUUUUGCCCAGAAGUCAGGUAAGAACAGUGCUGAAACUCCAUACUAUGGAAACAAGGUAUCUAGCUGGAUGCAGCUGGUCAAUUCAGUCCCAUGGCCCUUUGGGGUUUAUUUUCCUUAGCAGCUGACACCAUGUGUCUUUGCACCCCUGGUGGUGCUUGGUGCUUCUGCCCAUCUGGGCUCAUUGAGAAUAGGGAUUAAGGUUUGAUUACCGGGAAUCUCAGAUGGGCUGGCAUUCCCUGUGCAUGUAUGAACUGUUACUAUAAAGUCCUGUGACUGGCAAUUUAACAAACCUUUCAGAGCUUAUAUAUGUCCCACUGUAUGUUGUUCCCCUUGAGUGGCCCCCAGCAGGUGAAACUGCAUAGUUUUUCCAAUGAUGUUGCUGUUGGUGAAAACAUUUCCGGAACUGCCCUCAAAGUCUAGAAACAGACUCUUAAAAUGUUAGAACUGGAAGGGACCCUAACGGUCACCAAUUCCAACUUCUUCCUCUUAUUAAGGCAGAAACGGAGAUCCAGAACAAUGACUCAGUAACCAAGGUCACUAGGGAUUGACUCACCUUCUUUUGCUUCUUCUCAGGAGACUUGCCUCCCUUCUCUGAGCAAAUCUUUAAUCUUUGGGGGUUCUAGGAGAAUUUAGGUUUGAAACUAGUCAGAAGCUAUGUGAAGCCUCUGGAAGAGAAGGUGGGUUACUAAGAGGGUUUGGAGUCAUAAAUGAGGUGCAGCUAUGAAGUAGUCAGAGCCAUUUUUUUCUGCAGCUCAUAAACAGUUCCCAGAGAGAAGUUGCAGAGAUGUCUUAAGCAUUUCUGAGAUACCUGGAUCUGAGAUAUGUGGAACCUCCUUAGUGACUACUUUGGUGGGGAGUGUCACUCACCUGAAUGUGUGUAUUCUGUGUUCUCUGUGUCUGUGUGUGCACACGUGCAGAUGUAUGUUUGAAAACCAUACAUCAGUCUCCUUACUUCAUAUUCGCACCACUUCAGUUCUAUGUCCUACCAGCAAAGGCUGCUGGAGGGUGUAUUGGUGCCCAAGAUAGAAGAGUUGGCACCGGUCUGCAGAGGACAGAGAGGGUGACUUAUAAAUGCCCUUAGAGAAAACAUCAGUUACUGCCAUUUCAUACUUUUACUUUUCGAUCUUACUAAAUAGUAUUGGGAGGUUGGUCUCAGCGGUGGUAGCAAAGACACUUAUUUUUCCACUUGCCACCUUUUUCUAUAGCUCCAAUAAUCUGGAAAAAACACUUUUCAGUUGGAACUGAUUUUUGUUUUUGGAAAAAAAAGAUAAAUAUUUUUAAUAGAAAAGAUAUAUAUUUUAAAUAUUUCCCCCAAAAUGAUACUUUCAUUUUAAGAAAUUGCAUAGCAGUAGCAACAAGUUUUAGCUUCAGGUGCAGAGUGAAAAGCUGCUUCUUACUAAAGCGAGUAUUCCACACUUUGUAUCCAGCUUACUGACUUUCCCCCUUGCACCUGCUGUGGUGCCUACAAUGGGCAUUGACAGUUGUUCUCCAAACAUUCAGCUGAGCAGUAGUCCUUCAAACCUAGGCAAAGCAGUUUAGCUUAAAGAGGAGGAGGCUGAUUCUUUAACCUGCUUGGCUUUGGAGGAGGAAAAAACCCACUAAGGUAUUAUCUGUAUUUUAAGAUGCUUCUUCCCAUACUUAACUAAAACCCGAACACUUUUUCUUUCUGAAAAAUCUCUCUCUCGUCACUUGAUUGUGAAGUUGGUCACACAUGGAGUUGUUGACAUGAAUUCUUUGGAGAAAAGGAGAAAAGGAAGGAAAAUAGAAUGAUGGGGAGGGUUUCUGAGCUAGAAUGAGAGACACACUAUUUAACAAAACAAACAUAUUUCUCACAGAUCAUUGGACCCCCGAUUCACAUACAAAUUUCCCAAGUUCUACUAACUCUGCUCCUUGUGUGUAUGCAUUCCUUGUUUUUUCUUAUUAAAGGAGAAGUUAUGAGAGGUUGGAGGAUGGAGGUCAUUCUGAUGGGAAAUCUAAGAAAUGUAGUGCCCUGAGAGAGGGGCUCUCAGCCCUUUCCCAAAGGGUGGGAAGACACUGGGGGAAUGUGUUCCUGACUCCGCUGAUUGUAUCUGCGGGAAGAAGUCACCUGGGCCUGUUGGGUUGGUGUCAAAUCAGGGGAGUAUGUAUGCAGCCCCUGGCCCUUUUCAUAUAAUUGCCUCUUUUUAUAAGGUUAAUUCUUCUUGGCUGAGGCUUCCCAGGAAAAUCUUUUGUAAAUGGCUUUUAAUUUAAUUUUUAAAUUUCUGCCUGGAGGGAGCACCAGUGAUGAAUGCCUUCUCCUUCUCUGUGUGUUUUGUUCAUUUUCCCUAAAAGAAAAAUGCCCUUAAGAGAUUAAAGCUGCUUAAUUAAUUGCUGUAUGAUUACAAACUGACAAACUGACUAAAGUGGGAAGCUGCCACUGUGCUUGACUGGUGAAGCUGAUGACCGAAGGCUGUGCUGUUCGUCCUUUCCGUUCCGUGUGACAGACAUUUCCUGAGCCUCGAACUCGUGCCAACCUUAUGCUGGGUCAUGGAGAUACGGAGAUGGAAAGGACAGUCCCGCUCUUGUGGAGCUCAAUGUCCAAUGGAAUGUAUUUGAAUGUAUAUGUGGCUGGAGAGUUUGUUCAUGGUCUUAUGAAAGGCCACUUAGCAAUGAUCUUGGAUGGUCCCAUUCAAGUUGUUGUCCAGCACCAAGCAGGCUGCCUUGAACAUGUCAGAUAUCCCUGUCAGUGUUGUGAAUUUGAGUGCAACGCUGCUUUCCAUUUCCUAAGCAAGUUUAGGAGAAUGGAUUUUCUCAAACUCCAGUGGUUAUAAUAAGAUCUCUUCAGGAGCUGCUUUUAGCAUAAGCCCCAAGAAAUGAGGCAGGUUGUGGAUCACUGAUAUGGUCAGAGGAGGCCCACAUCUCAGCUGUGCAGCCUCCUAACUGCUUCCUCAAGCAGACCUCAACUGGGCUGCAGCAACUUGGGAUUUGUUUCCUUUUUCCUGCCCGGCCUCUCAUUGAGAUGGAAGGCCAGCAGGAGAGGAAGGAAAGAAAAACUGAAGGCUGGAUCAUAAUUAUAAACUUAUAUAGCUGGAACAGGCAUGGAAAUCAUCUAAGUCAAAUUCUCCCCCUUGCUGCCCUUCUUUUUUAAGAAAUUAGGAACUUGAUGUUCAGUGCCCUGUGCCCUAUUUUUUACUAUAGUUUUCUAGGGUCUGAACAAAUAGUCCUUUAAGUAGCGCGCGCACACACACACACACACACACACACAAUUUAAUAAUGAGGGGACACCCAAAUGAUUUAGGAGGCCCUUUGUUUCAACAGUUUUUCUUCCUGAUUUUUUUCGAUUAGAAUUAAAAUGUACCAAUAUCCCCUGAAUACACACCCAAGUAGGGGAAACCCCCACAGCGUGCGCAAUGUGACUGUGGAAUCUUGGGAAGUGAUAUAUUUUAAUUGGAACAGUCAUUUUAGCUACCAAGUGUUAAAACUCAGCCAGCCCUUCAUUUUUCUUUGAAAAUCAAGAACUCCUUAGGGGCUUAAAUCUUUCUCGGCCAGCCUUUUCCUUCAACCCAUAGAGUGGUCUUUUGGCCUGGUUUUUAGAAGUGAAUAUAGUUGCUUAUAAAUUCUUGGGACUCAAUGAGAAAGGAGGUCUGCUAUUCAGAGGCUGCUGAAUAGAUUUUCCUCCAAAGAUUUUCUUCCAAAGAUGAUCCAGAAAUGAAUCUUUACACAUGCUUAUUAUCCACUGUAACUUGCUGAAGAUGGUUCUACAGAGAAAGAAACUUAAGAGAUAUACAGAGGUCACCAGUUUAGAGAUUGGUUAAAUUGGAUGAAGGAAAAGUGCCAAGACUGUAUGUGCACAUUGUUCUAUGUAUUAUCAGUAUUUUUUUUUCUCCUAAGAAAAAUAUUUACACACUUUGCUUUGUGAGUAAAUGCUUCCUUAAUGUCUUGUAAGUGUGGGAGGCAAGCCCAGACUUGGAGCAGGUUCCCUCUCUCUACCUUUUCUGGAGUCUUAAAUCAAGAACUAGUUGGGACAAAGCCAAGGUGAGGCCAGGCUUGCUCAUCCUCCUUUCCUCUAAGUGGUAAAAACAGGGAAUGCAUUCCUCAACGAUGAAGCUGUUGGAGCUCAAGAGGAGCCUUUGGGUCCUGGCUCCAGAUGGCAGCUUGUCAGGUUCUCCCCUGCUGGCCCUGCCCACCCUCCAAGCUGUGCCACCAGUGCGAGCAUGGGUUCCCCCUCAGUGGGUUUAACCCUGAGCCUCCAGCAGAACGAACACUUACAAAGUCCUAAUGAGAGAAUGGAUAACUAUGCAAGCAAAGAAUGGUUAUCUUAAAUGCCAACUAAGGGAUUUGGGGGAUGGGUGCUUGAUGUGCUGUUUACUCUCAAUUCUCUCUAUAUACAAACAGUUGUUUGUAGGGCCUUUUCCCCUCCCACCUAGAAAUAGCAAACGGGUUAUAUAUUGGUUUUAUUCAACCAGUUAGAAUUGGAGAAGGGGCCUGGAUCCUUGUUGACUGCCACUGUUGGCCACCUUUGCUUAGACUCAUCAUGAGCAUUUUGACAAAGAGGACUCAGAACAGGGCAUGCCCUGUCAGGGAUGCUUUUAAAAAGGAAAUGGCAUGAAAUCAAAUGGGAUGAUGUGUUUGUACAAAUAGUACCAAAGUGCAUUCUUCAAUAUGUGUUUACCUGCUUGAAGAGAGGCCCAAGUUGAGAAUACGGUAAAGCAAACUCAUGAAAGUGCUUGUUCUGUUUCUAGUCAAAGUCUUAUCCCUGGAGAGUAAUCUCAGGCAAAUCUGGGCUGAGCUUAGACUCUGUGUGUUUGGUAUUUGAUGCUGUCUUUGCUCUGGGAGAUGCCCCGUGUCAAAAUGUCUUGCUUUGGCAUUCAGAAUGAUGGGAGAAAUUAGGUGGGAUGGGGUUUCUUUCCCUAGUGUACAACUAUGUCUUUUGAGUUCUAAGUUAUUUCCAGUUUACAACUGUUCUAGUCAACCAUUCUUCUAAUGGCGGCAUCAAGAAAGUUUUGAGUAAAGAACAAAUGUACAGGAUGACAUUGUCCUUGCACAUUAGGGCUGUACGCAGAACAUCUGAUGUUUAAAAAUACCUUCUUUGGAACCAUUGCUCAGGAACUCAUCAAAAUCCCCUUGGUGUCAGUUUCUCAUCUAACAGAGAACAAAUGUAAACAUGUAAAACUAAUUUGAAGGACUGAUAUGAGUCCAUGCCAUACAUGGUAAACCAGCACUUCAGGGACCUUUGAAAUCAUCUGACCCAAUCUCUUCCAAAGGAGGGCUGUUAAAAUGAUUUGCAAGAAUCAGAGCACCUAGUCAGAUAUAUAAGAACAGAAUUUGAUUGUCUCUUGGCCUGGAAAGUAACAGAAAAUGCUCUACAUACCACACGUUAAUUCCCUUAUAAUCCUGUGAAGUGAAAGGGGUGGCCCUCACUCACAGAUGGGAAACUGGCCCUAACAGCCUGAAGCUGGGUCCUCUGACUCCAAAGCCACUGAUUGCUUUUUCUGCUGCCCUGGCUCAAAUCAGCCUCAGGGUGGUGCCAUCUUCCUCCACCGGCCUUGGCUACCAGGAGUUCCAGUUGCUUCCUGGAUUGGCUUUUCUCCCAGAGUGGGCCUGACAGGGCCGGAGAGAUCAAUCAGUCUUACCUCUGCACCCACUGUGGAGGUGGGAGGUUAUGGGAGGCAGCAAGAGUUGUGAGGCACAUCUGCAUUUAAAUCAGUGCUGUGGCCACAUCCUGCUCUCCCUGGGCGCUCGCUGGUACCUUUUGGAUAAAUGACUAGGAAAACAGAUUCAGGCUUUGGAAAAAUUGGUGGUGAGAGAAACUACUGCUAAUGGUUUGCUCUUGUUAGAAGAUUGGAGCAGGCUCAGAAGAGUGUGGCAGCCGGCUUUCCAUCUGCUUAUGGGGAAGGAAGGGGGCUCUGGGUGAGAGCCAGCCCAGGGAGAUGAAGCGUCUAAGGCAGAUCAGAUGUGCUGGGGAGAGUGAGUGACUGUCCUGGCAACAGGAAGGGUGGGUACCACCCAAAGGCCUGAUUAGUUAUGAAUUCUGGUUCAUUUGACAAACUGAGUCAGGCUUUACUCACUAAGAUGAGUACUAGGUCAUAUCUCUUCAAAAGCACAAAACUUGAAACCAAGCAACUGUUUUUAAUACCCAAAGGACCCACGGAGAUCAAAAGCCCCAUUGAUGCUACUGGUACGGUUAAAUGAGCUGCCCUAUAUCAUACAGCAAAUAAGAGAGAGGGUUAAAAGUUGAGCCCCGGCAAUGUGACUCAGUGUGGAUUACUCCUGAGAUAGAAACGAGUUGGACACAACAGGUAAAUGAGAUGCAACAGUUAACCUGUAUGGGAGGAUGGGAGUGAACAGCCUGAUACCCCACCUUAAAACAGCAGGCAGGUUGGAGUUCUGUUUCUUCUUGGUCCCAAUAUUUUAAGGGAAUGCCAAGGCAGUGCCUUUGGGAGCAUGCCCAGCACUGGCUUCUAGUCGCCUUAGCCAUAGCUGUGUAUAAUCCUCUUAAAAUAGUGGGCUUGAGCUAUUCCCCAUUAUGCCUACACAUUCACUGAAUCUUAUUGAGUGCUUCCUGGACCCAGGCCCUGGGCUGAGCAGGGGUAUUAUUUCUUGGUACAAUGCAGGGUGAUGCCCAAUGAGGUCAGACUGGGUCACAAAAAAGGAAAGCCCAGGUCAGUCUGAGAGGGGAGUUCAAGGACAUACCUGAGCUGAGGCUGAAAGAAUAAGAAACAUCAGCUCCUAUGUGGUUUAACCUAGGUCUUCUGAGAUGAGUUGCAGAGCCACUGCAUAGCCUUCUAGUGGCUUCUUUCCUGGAAGGUCUACACUGACAUGAUUUGGUUCCGCGUGAGGGAAAAGGGGCCAGCUCUACACCCUGCAAACAGCCUCCAACAUGGAGAAGCCGAUUAUCAGGAAUGUGGAGUGAUCCUGGCAGCCUGGAACUCCAGGCUUGAGACUAUGACAAUGAAAUGUAAAAAAUCGUGCAUCAGCUAUCAAAGGUCAAUUUCAAGUAUAAAAAAGGGAAAGCAGUUCUGAUAUUAAUAGUCUGCUAAUAAAGGGUUAAUAAAAGCCAAAGGGAUUUUAAGAGCAAGUAAAAGGCAAAUAAAAUGUGCGGCUGUAUAAAAAUGUCCCAUCCAGAGAAGGGAGUGGGCAAUGCUGCUGUGUGCUGCGUUGGACACAGCUGGAGUCCUGCAUCUAGGUAUCCUGAGUAAAGGGAAAACCCCAGAACUUAGCAAGUCUAGGAGAGGCAAUCAGUUUAUUCAGAUGGUAUCCUGUGUGGAAUAAGUGAGAAAGUGUCCUGGAUAAGGAUAGCCUCUUCAGGAUGUUUUCCCAUCAGUGAAGGGUUGGCCUGGCUGGGCAGAAAGAGAUACACUCUUGACCAAAAAGCAGAGCUAGGACUAUCGAGUGACUUAGGCGGACAGCUUAGCCCUCUGGCUAACAAAGGAGGGGACAGCCCUUGGAGGGAAUGAGUCGCCUGGCACUAGAUGUGCAAGCAGGAGCUUAGUGGUCUGUUGUGGAGUUUGCUAGGUGCUCCCUGCGCCUUGAGAGGCUGGGAUAGGAUGUUCCCAGGAGCCUCUUGGGCCUGAGAGCCUAUGGUUUGAUAGUGUUUUGUUUCUGGCUGAAGGGAACAGUCCACUUCUCCAGAACUGGAACCUAGCGAGGUUUACAAUAUGAAAGUUGGAGUGGAUUCUCCUUCCUGAAAGGGAAAGGUGGUUUGGCGCCCCAGGAGAUCCAGUGAGUCCGCAAUAUGUCCCUGCACUGGAGCGCUGCUGUGGGUCACAUCAUUGCCUAUACCUGUCCAGGUGCCUGCGUGAAUGAGCGAGAUAUGACUGUAAGUUGAUGUGUGUAUCUGUAUGUGAAUGUGUCUGGUAUGGUAAAUAUUUAACUGGCCACGUGUGUUGAGACUGUGGUUGAGUAUGAUAGUAUGCAAAGAUUGUGCCCUAAGAGUCUCACACUCAAAAUACAGCAUAUUCCCCAUGCUUCUUUCGGUUAGCUCUGUGGCUACAAGACUUUCUAUAAUCACCUUAAUUACCACUUAGUUGUGGGAGUUUGUGUCUUUCUGAGGAUCCUUAAUCCUUGUGCCACUGCUUCCUGGACCCUGGGAACUGCAGACCGGCUCUCCAGGUGAGAAUUGUAGGCAUCCCCAGGAGAGCAGCCU